UCAUUGAAGAUUUCCUGGUCCUGCUGCAAAUUGCUUAUCAGAUAAGAUCGACACUCCAAUUUUGGUCGAACACAAUGGUAUCAAUGACCUCUUGCUUCCCGAGGAAACAUUAAAUGAAUUUCCUCUGUGAUUGUCAAGAAGUCGGUGAAAACAUGACCCCCCAAAGUACAGCUUCGAUAUAAAGUAUUGGGAGCUGGUAAACAGGCAAGACUGGUUUUAUUGCAUGCAUGCAUGUAGCAAGUUCGAUGUAAGCAAAGGUACUCUACUAAGACCUGUCGAUACAGUAUGGAGCGCCAUGAGAGAGCAAUGCUUGAUGAAGUCGUUCUAAAUGAUUUGAUGUUGAACGGCCGUCAUCUUAAAGAUGGUGUAAGAAUCAGGCCACAUGCAGGCCUAACUCGGUUUGAAGAUCAGAAAGAAAACGACCGGGACACUCUGAGUAGUGAUACACCAUCGGGGGAGUACUAUGACGGACAACCGAAGACAGGCAUGUGGACCAGAGUCGGUAAGGUAGUGGUCCAGCGGAGGGGAAUUUGCUGGGCGCUAUCAUUCGCGAUCCUCACUUCCUUUGUUUCAUUGACUAUCAAGCUCUUAUCUGGCAGGGUUUCCCCGAAUCAAAUUGUACUUUACCGCUCAUUCACCCUUGUCCUCUUUACAGGACCCAACCUCAUACGCCACAAGGUGUCAUGUUGCUUGCCUCUGAAAGCUUGGGGACUUAUAAUCGUCAGGGGAAUGGUCGGCACUUCUUACGCCAUCUGCGCUUCCAACAGCCUCCAACAACUUGACAUCUCCACUGUCACGUGCAUCAUACAGAGCUCAACUUUCAUCACCUGCAUCUUCGCGUGUCUCUGCUUAAAGGAGACUUGUUCCAUCCCAAUCACCGUAUCAUGUUGUAUCAGUGUGGUCGGUGUUUUACUUGUUGUUCAGCCAGCACCUAUCUUUGGGGGUCUCCUUGGCAGCGGCAGCGGUGAAAACAAUUUAUUUGGAUUACUCUCUGCUUUUUCUACUGCUUUGCUUUGGUCUCUUUCAUUUCUCUUACUCCGACUGCUCGGCCGCCUCAAGGUUCACGUGCAACUUCUUACUUUUUCGUACGGCUGCGUCAGCUUCUUGGGAUGUGCCUCACUGAUGAGCGCCCUCGACGAGUGGUCCAUCCCGCGUUGUGGAUAUGAUCGUCUCUUGGUCCUAGUUAUCUGCAUCAUCGGCUAUCUUCAGAUCGUGACCUUCACUCUCGCACUCCAGAUGGAAAACGCUGCGGUGGUCGCCGUCAUUUCGACCACGGGAGUCUUUGUCACUUUUGUCCUGGACUUUGCGUUCUUCGACGUUACCCCAAAUCUUUUGAAGGUCAUUGGAGCUCUUUGCGUAACAGCCAGCUCUGUUGGUGCAACCAUAUCGUCGUACUAUGCUGCUAAGCGGAAACUGUCUGAAAGUAAAAAAUAGUGUUAAGCUUCAAGCACCACUGUGUUAGCUGCCCUUUGGAGGAAUGUUGUCACUUACUAUUGAACGCUUUCCCCAGCCACUCUUUCGAUGUUGCGGCUAGAGCACAGCCAAACUGAAGUAACUGUAAGAUUAUUGUGAUUAAAGUUUUGUUCAUCUUUGCGUUUGGUGGCAGCGGUGGGAUUUGAACUGAAACUACAGUACAAAUUAAUUAAAAGCCGAGAGUGCGUUAUAUAAAUGCUCCUCAUUAAGGGGAAUUAGUCUACCCUGAUAUUAAGUUGGCUGUGACGUAUGUGAUUUAAUUUGAUUUUAUUUGAUUUUCUUCUGCAUUUAUGUUAGUACAAGCUUUCGAAUAACAAUAAUAAUAUACAGUACAAUAAGUAUAUUUCUGAC